CGUGCUACUGAUACAUAUAACUAAAAUGGGGCCUCUUAUAGGCGUGUCCACAGGGGUUCCGUAAGAGAGUCUCACCGUCUUGCCUGUCCCCAGAAAGAUGGCUUUCCUGGCCUUAGUGAAUAUAAGAGGUCUUUUUAAUACAGUUACUGUAACUCUUCUGCUGCAUGCGGCUCAGGCAGCUAUUGACAAUGCAACCGCAAGCAACUCGAGAGAAUUCUUUACCCUCCUAGGCGUGCCAGGAGUUACAGCUAUUACAUUGAAUAACGACAUCUCCCUUGACGCCGCGGAUGCCCCGGCUUAUCCAGUCAACCUGACGACAAACCUGUCCAUUUUUGGGGUACCUUUGCCAGGAUACCUUACUCGGCUGAAAGCUAACUACAUCGCGAACAAGAUACGCUUGCAGCAGGGAGUCACGCUGUCAUUUGUCAACAUCAUUCUGUCAGGGACCUUGAGAGGGGUGGGCCAGCACGUGGACCUUCUCACACGCUCGGACGGCGGAGCGGUGGUGUACGUAAACACAAUCAACCACCGUACGGCAUGCCUCCCUUUCGACGUCUUCAUAGCGCAACUCGCAUCGCUUCCGGCGCCCCUCGCAUCCGCCGGAGUAGCCGACCCGCCCGGCCUCACCCCACGCAACUUCCACGCGCACUACGGCAACGACAGCAGUGGACCGCUGUGCUGGCUGGACGUACCAACCCGCCAACGCCAAUGCAGAACUCCGUACAUCUCCAUGGUAUCGUACGGCGCAUAUAACGAGAUCUUCCAGGGAGCGGUUGGCAGCAACGGCGGCUACAACUCCUUUUUCACCAAUUCCUACGGCUUUUGCGACCAGGCUGUUAGCUACGAGUGCCUCUCAAAGAUGGGCGGGGACUUGUGUUUGGCUGCCGCGCUGACGCAGCUGGUGCCGGAGGUGUUUGGCGCAAGCGGUGGGAACAGCAGCAGCGCUGGUAAUGCAACAGAGCAGGCGGCUAGCGGAACAGAGGGCGGCGGGCUGCUGGUCGGUCAGAAGCGAACAGCGGUUGGGCUGUCAGUUGGCCUUGGAGGCGCGCUGCUAGCCGUGCUGCUGGUGGGCCUCUCCCUGCGCUCGCACUGGCACCGCCGCCGCCAGCUGGCCGCCGCCUCCUCCGCCUCUGCCAAGGCAGGGGCAGCUGCUGCUGGCGGUGAGGGCGGCAUCAUGAUGAUCGGUCGCUACAGCCCCUCCGGCGACACCACCGGAACCGCCGCCGCGGCGGAGGAGGGGGGAGCAGGUGGCGACUUGCUGCGCGGCAGCGGGUCCGUGCUGCUAGACCUGGAGGCUGCAGGCGGGGGCGGUGGCGGCAUGAACAGCGGCAGCAGGAGCAGGAGCGGACUGACGGUCACGGCAAGCAAGCUCAGCGCGAGCGCGGGAGGCGGAGGAGGAGGGAGCUACAGGGGGGUGUCGGUGUCGGUGGGAGCGGCUUUGCGGGGAAAGGAGAAGAGCUUGACAGCCAGGAGCGGUGGCGGUGGGGGUGGCACGGCAGGAGGAGGUGGCGGUACGGCGGGCAGCAGUCCGAGCAGCAGCGGGGCGACGCUGCGGGCGUCCUCUCUGACCGCGCCGCCCACUGGGGGGCCCGGGGGAGGGGCGGUGGUGUCGGCGGCGGGUGCGUUGCAGCGCAGUGGUGGCACAGCGGGAGCAGCGGCUGCUGCUGGUGCUUCGGGAGCGGAGGGAGUGGCAAGCGGCAAGCCGGGUCUGGUUGAGGUGGAGGCGGCUCGUCGCAACCUGAUUGCCAAUGCGGCCAAGGGCGGGCGGGGGGCGCCGCUGGAGGUCAAGAUACUGCAGCUGCUGGGACAGGGCUCCUUCGGCAAGGUGUACAAGGGCGUGUGGCACGGCACGCUGGUGGCCCUGAAGGCGCAGGUGCUGCCCGCCUCGCUGAGCGGCGAUGCGCGGCGGCGCCACAUGGCGGUCAUGGAGGCCGCCAUCAGCUCCGCCAUCAACCACCCGGCCAUCGUGCAGACCUACAGCUACAGCUUCCGACCCAUUCAGGACAGCGUGGGGAAGGUCAUGGGGAGGCGCGGCAAGUCGAGGGCCAUUCCCGAGGAGCCUGAAGAGGGCGAGCAAG